AUGUGUUAUUUACAACUAACUACCAUUUCAGGACCUCGUGAAAUCUCAUUUUUACAAGAAUAUUGCAAUGUCAUGAAACCUAUAUCAAGAGCAUUGGAUAUAUUGCAGGGUGAUAAAAACGUAUCUUUGGGAUAUUUGCACCCUACUAUUAAUGCAGUACAUAAAUCAUUUAACGAUAUGAACUAUGAAGAAUAUAGUUUUCUGUAG